AUGGCCGCCAGCCCGCCCGUCCAGCUGCCCGAGGUCGAGCGACUGAGCGCGAGCUGCAUCCGCAUCCUGGGUGGCAACCCCGGCAAGUUCACGCUGCAGGGGACCAACACGUACCUGCUGGGCACCGGCCGCUCGCGCCUGCUGGUCGACACGGGAGAGGGCCGGCCGUCGUGGGCCGCCGCCCUGCGCCGCGUGCUGCUCGACGAGGACGCCACCGUGUCCGACGUGGUGCUGACCCACUGGCACCACGACCACGUCGGCGGCGUGCCCGACCUGGCCGCGGACCCCCGCACCGCCGCCGCCCGGGUCUACAAGAGCCACCGCCGCUGGGGCGACGCCUCCCUCGAUGCCGUCCGUGACGUUUUAGCCGGCGCCGACCACCAGACCCAGCUAGAUAUAGCCGACGGGCAUGUCUUCCGGACCGAGGGCGCCACGCUGACGGCGGUGCACACACCCGGCCACACGUCGGACCACGUGGCGCUGCUGCUGGCCGAGGAGGACGCGUGCCUCACGGCCGACUGCGUGCUGGGCCACGGCACGGCCGUGUUCGAGGACCUGGCCGCCUACGUCGCGAGCCUGCGCCGGCUGCAGCCGCUCUUCGGCGGGCGCGUCUACCCGGGCCACGGCGCCGUGGUCGAGAAGGGGCCGGACCGCAUAGCCGAGUACAUUGCGCACCGGCAGCAGCGCGAGGACCAGGUGCUGGAGACUCUGCGGGAGGCAGAGGCAGCAGCGGCAGCAGCAGCAGCAACAGCUGGUGACGGGACAGGCAUGACGGCCAUGGAUCUGGUCAAGAUCAUCUACAGCGACGUGCGCGAGGAUUUGCACCCGGCGGCCGAACGUGGCGUCCUGCAGAUCCUGGCAAAGCUACAGGGCGAGGACAAGGUGGUGGGGCAGGGGGAGGGGGAGGGGGAUGUGUGGAGGCUGAAAGCAAGGUCGACAUUGUGA